AUAUAAGCGGAUACCCAACAGCAGUCAUCCACUUGGAAGCUUGGAGAGACACUUGCCAGCUCUUUAACGUAUCGUCUGUUCGAUACGCUUUGUUGUUGGCUUGUCGUUUUCCUGUGUUGAGCUUCCUCGUCAAGAUGUCGGCCAACAUGCAGCUGGUUCGUCCCAUCCUUGCGGCGCUGCGUGCCGGGGCUCGUGCCCCUGCUGGCGCCCGCGCCUUCUCCACCGGCAAGGCUGGCUCUGACAGCAUCCUCGUGUCCGACAUCACCCCGUCGGGCAACCGCACGUCCGUGGUGGUCGGCCUCAUGAACCACUUCCAGAGCGGUGCCUCCAAGGUUGGCUUCUUCGAGCCCGUUGCCGGCAAGAACGGCGAGAUCCUGUCGCGCGUCUUCAACCUGGCCGGCGACAACGCUGGUGCCACCGCCGCUGAGGCCUCGAAGAUGCUUGCUGACGGCAAGAAGGACGACCUGAUGGACCAGAUCUACACCAAGUUCCAGGCCACCAAGUCUGGCAAGGACCUGACCGUCGUUGGCGGCACCGGCACCGAGCUGGAUGCCACCCUUGCUCAGGCCCUCAGCACCCCCGUGCUGCUGACCCUGGCUGCUGACCGCAGCAUGUCCGCUGAGGACAUCUACACCGCUGCGCUCUCCAAGCGCCAGGCCUUCGCUGACAAGAAGGUUGACGUUGUUGGCCUGAUGCUCACCGGCGUCCCCAAGUGCAAGCUGGACGGCCUGACCGGAGAGCUGAAGGAGAAGCUGGCCAAGAGCGGCCUGCCCCUGGUCGGCGCCCUGCCCGAGGAGGACCUGCUGUCCAGCCUCUCGCUGGAGGAGGUCCGCAAGGCCGUGAUUGCCCAGACCAAGGCCGCCUUCGACCAGCACGUCGACGUCAACACCGUCGUGGCUGGCCUGCAGAAGCCCAAGUCCACCGACUACAUCUCCCCCAAGGCCUUCCAGUACGGCAUCUUCCAGUCUUGCCUGGCCAACCCCCAGCACAUCGUGCUGCCCGAGUCGUCCGACAAGCGUAUCCUGGCUGCCGCCGCUGAGAUCACCCAGCGCCGCCUGGCCAAGGUGACCGUCCUGGGCAACCCCGAGACCGUGGCCGCUGAGGCCAAGAAGCUGGGCCUGGACCUGACCGGCGUCAACGUCGUUGACCCCAACUCUUCGGCUCGCAUGGACCACUACGUGUCGAUGCUGGUGGAGGCCCGCAAGUCGAAGGGCAUGACCCCCGAGGAGGCCCUGAAGACCCUGCAGGGCGACAUCAACUACUUCGGCACCAUGAUGGUUGCCGCCGGCGACGCUGACGGCAUGGUGUCCGGUGCCAUGCACACCACCGCCGCCACCAUUCGCCCCGCCCUGACCAUGCUCCGCACCCCGGACAAGAACCUGGUUUCCUCCAUCUUCUUCAUGUGCCUGGAGGACCGCGUGCUGGUGUACGGUGACUGCGCCGUCGUCGUGAACCCCAACCCCGAGGACCUGGCCCGUGUCGCCGCUACCUCGGCUGACACCGCCGCCGCCUUCGGCUUCGACCCCCGCGUGGCCAUGCUGUCGUACUCCACCCUGGGCUCUGGCGCUGGCCCUGAGGUCCAGAAGGUGACCGACGCCACCGCCAUCGUCAAGUCCAAGCGCCCCGACCUGAAGGUGGAGGGCCCUCUGCAGUACGAUGCCUCCGUCGACAUGAGCAUUGCCAAGACCAAGAUCAAGGGCGGCAGCGCUGUGGCCGGCAAGGCCAACGUGUUCGUCUUCCCUGACCUGAACACCGGCAACAACUGCUACAAGGCCGUGCAGCAGAGCACCGGCGCCAUCGCCAUGGGCCCCGUCAUGCAGGGUCUGUCCAAGCCCGUCAACGACCUGUCCCGCGGCUGCACCGUGCCCGACAUUGUCAACACCGUCUGCGUGACCUCCAUCCAGGCCAUGUUCCACAAGAAGAAGUAAAGCCGCAACAGGCGGUUGCAGCUCUUGCCACAUUUUGACGUGCCUGGUGCCUAUAUCCUGAUGGAGCGCUUGGUGUUGGCUGUGGCUUGGGCUCUGGCGGGGUACAAGAUAUGUCAUGGCUGAUGUCGCUAUCAGUUUUUCCCGCCACCUGCUUUUGGGCAACAAGGGCAGGCGUCCAACUGGACCAUGUUGGCGUCUUCCUCUCAAUUCUGUUGCUCAUGCGUUGGGAUGUAGCAAUGCUCGGCCAUGCAUGCUUAUCAAAUUUGUCGGCGCGAAUACAUGUUCGUCCGGCUUUUGGGGUGACUCGGUUCGCAAUUGUAUUGGUUUUCAGAUCGGACCUGGAUCGGACCUAGCCUGUGGCUGCCCCCGCGUGCACCUAGAGGGUCCCAAAAGUGAUCCCACGGUUGAUCUUUCGUCUCUUCGUGGUUCAGUUCUCUUAUGUAUCGCCUAAACCGACCAUUGUAUGAAUGGCUUAUUUCGGUUCAGUUCGUUCGGCGACCCGCUUCUGGGCUUAUGAGCUAUGCCACGGAACGGGUGGGGCUAGGGUAUUCAG